UUGACAGAUAACUAUCUUGACGUCAACACUUGAUCUUCGGGAGAUAGUUUCGUCGAGGCUUGGCUGCCCUGACUUCAACGUUAUGACCAUCCUACAUGAGUCAAAUAGAUGGAACUGAAACACAUCCAGCUGUAAUGGAAAACUCCACAGAUGAAUACAGGAUCCAGUCGUUUGACCCAGACACACAGAUGUUACUGAAAACAGCCUUGAAAGAUCCAAGUUCGGUGGAUUUGGAGAAAGUGUCUAACAUUAUUAUGGAUCAGUCUCUAAAGGAUCAUGUGUUCAGCAAAGAGGCCGGACGCAUUUGUUACACUAUUGUCCAGGCUGAGGCCAAGCAGAGUGAUGGAAACGUAUUCAGGCGAAACCUGCUGAACCGACUGCAGCGGGAGUUUAAGGACCGCGAGGAUAUGCGGGCUCGCUCAAUACAUGAGUGGGUGUGCUAUGUCACCUUUAUCUGCAACGUUUUUGACUACCUCAAGGUGAACAACAUGCCCAUGGUGGCCCUGGUGCACCCUGUUUAUGACUGUAUGUUGAGACUGGCACAGCCUGAUGCUCUAAAGAAUGAAGAAGAGGUGGACUGCCUGGUGCUGCAGCUGCACCGUAUCGGAGAGCAGCUGGAGAAGGCCAACAGCCAGCGCAUGGACGAGCUGUUCUUCCUGCUGCGGGACGGCUUCCUCCUCCAGGAGGGUCUAACUUCCAUGGCACGCCUGCUCCUCCUGGAGAUCCUGGAGUUCAGGGCUGGGGGCUGGAUGCUCAGCAGCACUGCCAACAAGUACUACUAUAGCGAAAUAUCCGAGUGAUCGGGGUACCGAGCAUUAGACUUUCAAAAUACGCGAGAGUUCUCGCUUCUUUUUAAACUGAUUGAAAAACCAGCAGCUCCUCAGUGGAGAGCAACAUCCUCCAGGCAGUUAGAACAGCCUGAUGAGAUAAUCAUUCACAACAAAUCUUUGUUUUAGGUGCAUUGUGCUGUAUGACUGAGAGGUGGUGAGUGUGGAUUGUGCAAUAGUUAACAAAACUUUCAAUUUCACGUUUAUAAAUGGGUUUUGUUUUUUUUUUGCUACUUUUAAAGACCAUUUUAAUUUUAGUUAAUCAAAUUCAAAAGUUGAAAGAGACAUUCCAGUCUGAUACAAACCAACAUUUUUACUUUUUUGCGGGACAUUACCUUUUCUGUUCCAGUGUAAAAUUACAAUUUAAAAAAACAUUUACAUUACAUUGUAGUUUCAAGUUACUUUCAGUUUUGCUUUUGAAUUCCAUUUUGUUUUGUGUGACUUUUUUUAUGAAAUCAGUUCAGGGUUUUUCUUUUUUAAUAUAUUUUCAAAAAAUGCAAAUUUUUAAAUAUCAUUUUCACUAAUUAUGAAAUCUAAAGAACUUUUUUAAUUUGCUCUAUAUACAUGAGAUAAAUGGUGCCAAAAAAUGACUUACGUCUGCAAAAAUGAUCAAAGUGGUUCUUUGUAGAAUGGGAUUUUACAAACCUACUAGAAAUUUGUUUUUAAAAUAAAUUGAAUUAUAAAAACUUAAACUCUAAACAAGAAAAAAGAAUUAGGAUGGAAGUGAUCUAGUCAGUAAUUUUUUUGAUUUUACAUAUUCCUGUCGGAUUCCUCACCACUAGCGUGGUUCAUAAAAACUCAAAUGCUAGUUUAAAGGAUUAAAUAUUGAAAAAAGUCUUAAUUUUUUUAUUGUGUAAUUAGAGUUCUUUAAUAAUGUCAACAAACUCCAGCUGAUGUACCUCAGUUGUAUUACAAUGUUACAACACUUUUUAUUGUUUGUACAGCAAAUUCCAAGGUUUUUGUUUGAAUAAAUACUUUUCUCUUUCUUA